CAUGCGCGUUGAAUCAAUAGUUCAUGUGCAAUGUAAACCUACACGCUUCGAUCACAAACUUUCACGGAAUGAUAUUAAAUGAAUGCCGAGUGGAAGAGAUUAUUGUUUUGGAAAAGCAAGAAGUACAUUUCAAAGCCACUGUAGCAGGAGUGUCCGGAUUGAUUUGUUGACAGCGCGCGCGUUGUCACGCGGGAAUAAACAACGGUGCGCACCGUUCACGCGCGUCAUCUGGAUACUUGUACGAUUUCAAGCGUUUCUAUUAUAAAGAAGCGAAUAAAUGACAGUAAUGAGUGGAGACAGCAGUCAUGCGGUUAAAGCGAGAUGGACAACAGCCGCAUGGGCUCUUCAACUUUUCUGCAUUUCUUCUCUGACUUUAUUUGGUAAAGGAGAAGACUGCCAUGGCACCUUUGAUUUAUAUUUUGUAUUGGAUCGGUCAGGCAGUGUGUCUGAUAACUGGCUGGAGAUAUAUGGAUUUGUGGAACAAUUGACCAAUCGCUUUGUAAGCCCGAAGAUGAGAGUAUCGUUCAUAGUGUUUUCUUCAAAUGCAGAAGUAAUCCUGCCUCUCACUGGAGACAGGGCAGCUAUAGAUAAUGGUCUUCAAAGGUUGAGCAAGAUCAAUCCUGCUGGUGAGACCUACAUGCACGAGGGGUUGAAAAAGGCAUUGGAACAAAUGGUUGCUCAGCACACAAGAUCAUCCAGCAUCAUUAUUGCACUGACUGAUGGGAAGCUGGAAAUGUAUCCUCAUGAACUCGCUGCGAAAGAGGCUGACCAGGCCAGACAUUAUGGUGCACGGGUGUACUGUGUUGGCGUGAAGGACUUUGAUGCAAACCAGCUAGUAGAUAUUGCAGACAGCAAAGACCAAGUGUUCCCAGUCGUGGAUGGAUUCAAAGCACUCAAAACCAUCGUAAAUUCGAUUCUACAGAAAUCAUGUAUAGAGAUUUUCAACCUUGAGCCUUCCAGCAUUUGUGUGAAUGAAACGUUCAACAUUGUUCUGAGAGGAAGGGGCUUCACACAGGGCAGAACCUCAGAGGGCGUGGUCUGUACGAUAUCUGCCAAUCAACAGGAGCCCUUUAAUGAGAGGCCGACUGUAGUGAGGGAUGAUUAUGUGCUGUGUCCAGCUCCAGUAUUGACCGAGGUUGGCCACUCAAUCGAUGUGCUCAUUAGUCUGAAUAAUGGACAGUCUUUCAUUUCAAGUCCAAUCACGAUAUAUGCCACCACAUGUUCUGAUGGGCUGGUGGUGGCCAUUGUUAUUCUGGUACUCCUGGUGCUGGUGGGUCUAGUUGCGCUCUGGUGGUUCUGGCCUCUCUGUUGUACCGUGGUGAUCAGGGAUCCACCCCCAUCUCGCCCUCCACCCCCACGACCAAUACCUGAACCUGAGGUGGAUCCUCUGCCAAAGAAGAAAUGGCCUACAGUAGAUGCGUCUUAUUAUGGUGGCAGAGGCCCUGGGGGUAUUACACGCAUGGAGGUUCGGUGGGGUGAUAAGGGCUCUACAGAAGAAGGGUCGCGGUUACAGAAAGCGAAAAAUGCUGUGGUCAAAAUGCCAGAAGAGGAGUUUGAGGAGACUGUAAUAAGACCUCCACCCAGACCACCUCCCAUACACCAACCCCAGGCCCAGGACAAGUGGUACACUCCUAUUAAAGGCCAGUUUGAUGCUGUAUUGGCAUUGCUGCGUCGACAAUAUCACAGAGUUGCUAUAAUGAGACCUACAGCAAAUGAUAAGGGGCGAUGCAUCAAAUUCACCCGGGUUCAAAGUAACUGAUUGACCGAUCUAAUGAGUCACACUUCACAGAAAAGAUGGAUUGAGGAAUCGACAUAAGUAUAGAAACACUUUACUGAAUUUAUGGUCACAGUACAAAAGCUAUAAUUUUAAUGUCAACAUAAGUUUUGUUUUUCAAAAUAAGAGUUUACACUUUUAUUUGUUACAUGCAUAAAUGUAUCCUGCUGAACUUUGUCUGCAUGCUCUUAAAACACUGAUUUUACAAUUUUUUAAAUUGUGCCUUAUUAUGAGUACAUGAAGCACUCAUUACGAGUUCAUAUUAUGAGAGUGAAGGACAGUCAAUUUUGUAGAGAUGUUAAUUUUUCUAUGAUUAUUUCUAUUUUCUAUUUAAUUAUUUGUUUUUAUUUUUAUAUUUAUUGAAAUUGUUUUAAUCCGUAGAUCACCUGUGUAAGUUUAUUGUUAACGACACAACUGUCAGUCAAAAGCGCUGAAAUGCAUUAAACCUGUGAGAGUUUGAUUUAUGAUGUAGUUUAUAACUGUUAAUCAAUAAAAUGUUUUAUUAUAUACAUAAAUGUUUUUUGAAAAGCUG